GUUGUGGAGUUCCGGAAGUAGAGUUGGGAUUCUGGGCGCGCCAUGGCUCCGAAGCGUGGAGUGAGAGAAGGUGUCUGUGUACGUCAGAAUGUCUGAGCUACGGUGAGAGGUUGUGUCUUCGGGAGAAGGAGUUGACGACGACGACGUCGGUUCCAGGAAGUGAAGACGACGGCCUUGCGGGGUAACGGCUGGGUUGGCGGAGGAGACGGGGUAGAAUCUCCUGCGUUAUCCUUAAACACGAACUCGUCGUCGCCAGUGGAAUCAAUCGGUAGCUGAACGUCGUGAAGGUCGCACGUGCGUCGUCCUCGUAUACGCUGUGUACGGAAGAUUUCGGAGAUCUCGUACCAGCGCGGAACUCACGCGAUGAGUGCCGAAUGAGUGCGCGCGUGAUGCGUGAGUGAACAACUUACGAGGAAAGUUUGGAGGGGUUGUGCUUUCCAGAUCAUUAAGGUUGUUCAAUUAUGCGGCGACUAGCAGGUAGAGUUCAGCCGGGAUUGACGCCGCUGGAUGAAAUGAUGAGUUAAGCGGGAUGAGUUCCCGCACCAAGAAAUUAGUGAUUUAAGGUGAUCAAUAAUGAAGGAAGCAAACCCGCCACAACGACGUCCGACAAAAGUGGCGUGGAAGUGGAACGACCUUCUGAAAUAUUUUUAAUUAGCGAAUUAAACGCUCUCUCUCAGUUUUAUGUGAAAGCAAGUGGCAGAAAACUAAUUUUGCGCGCCAAAGUGUCAUCGCGUGAAUGAAUUAGUGGCGGGGCUAAAUCAUGUGAUGCACCGUGAUUAGCGUCAACCGUGAAUGUUUUCGCCUGCAGCGAAAGAUUAGCGCUCAAUUUAAGAGGAGUCCGCACAAACAGCCCGCCGGACAAUUAAAGCUUCAUCAUGAAAUAAUAAAUCAUAGCUUGUUAGCGUAACCCUUCAACAGCAACAUUAAAUGUAAUCAAAGUGUUGGUGUGGAAAAUUCAAACAAACUGAAUAAAAUAUUUAAUCAAAAGUAGUUAAACUUAGAACAGCAUUAAAAGAAGAAAACUCAAGCAAAUAAAUUAAACUGUUAUUGCCAGCUGCAAGCCGGUGUGCCGCAGGUUCAUGUUAGUUACAUAACUGUCCGUGUGUGUGUGUGGGCGCGCGAGCGUCUGUUGAUAUCAAAUAUUUUGGCUAAAUUAUUGAACCAUAUUAAACGAAUACACACAGUUACACACGCGAGCAGACGAGUUUUCCCACUGGAAAAUAACGGCCAGCCCAUAAAACCUUUAAUAAAAGAUUCGGAAUCACCUUUUUGGCGGGGCGUUUUUCGAGAUGAGAAAGAGGAAAAGUCGGUUUUCGGAAAAAGUAUCGAUAUAGCCGCCCGAACGGGGUUUGGCUGGAAGCCAAAUGAGAGCAGAGCUCGGUUAGUGUUAUUAUUAAAUAUUAAAGUGGCCGGUCAGUAUCAAAUACGAUCAAUGGCGUGAGUGAGCGGUGGCGGGGAAAACGGAAAAUUACAAACAUCGAGAAGAAGGAAAAUCUCAUCGGGGAGAGCGAAAAAAAAAAUCAUUCGUGAAAAAGUGGCAAUCAUAUUGCGAAGAAUAAAUAAAAUAUUAAAAAUUAUUUACGAUUUCGGGGGGCGCGCGAGAGCCGUGAUUUUCAUCGAUUUUUCCAACGGGUGCGCGCAAUUCCGAACAGGUGUUUCCACACAAUGAAAAAUAGAGUCGCUCUCCUUGGGGUUUGGAGGUCGCCGCCGACGGCGCGUUUGAUCCUUGCGCUUGACUCGUGCGUCAAAGCUUGAUGGAAAGGCGCCCCUUUUUUCGGAACGAGUAAUAAUAGCAACGCACGCGAGCGCCUGGAAGGUAGGCUACGUGCGCUGCACGUAGUUGGGCGUGCUCUCUCUCUAGAGAGAAGCAGCGAUUCGCGGACUGUUUAAGGUGUGACGUCAACAAUCCCACGUGGCCAGCCAGUCGCUGCACCGUUUCCGGAAGCAAAAAAUCCCAAACCCAAAUUCAUGUCCUCUGCCGGCCAACCAGCAGCAGCAGCUUCGGGGGUUGCCGUUUGUGUAUCAAAUUUAUUUUCAAUUGAAUUUUAAACACUUUCGAGCAUUCCGUGUGACCGAAACGCAAAAGCGUCGCAAAAAAAGCAUCCGCCGGAACGUCACCGGUUAGAAAGGCCCAUUUUUCUGACGGGGAGGGGGUGGAAGGACAACAAGUCAUCUAAAUUUUGGCCAGCCAACACACGUGGUGCGACGACGACAACGGUCAAACCAAACUUGCGUGGUUUUUCUUGCGUGGUGAGCAUAGCCAAGGAGCAUCUGACAUGGACCAUCGGGAUGGAUCACCAACGGGGCAAGCACCAGCCGAUUCGGCGGACAGAGCCGGACGUCACGUCAAUCGAUAUGGGGACGAUGUCCACUAGGUCGUGGUUUUGAUCAAUCGUAGACACAUCCGUGAACCGUCGCUCGUGCACAACCUUGGCGAAACUGUCGUCAGAACGUCGCAGAGAAGAAGAAAAGGAAAAAGAAGGUUCAAUCAAAAUCAAAACAAACACACCGACUCCAGUGAAAACUCACGGCACACGAUGGCCAACAUGGAAAACGGUUGACGUCGGUUCUCCGACGUGGUCAGUUUCAAGUGAGGGGUAAAGAAGCAGUUUUAUCAAAGUCAAUACAGUGCGAAAAGAUGAAAGUCGAGCGCAGCUUGUGCAAAGUGACGAGAGUUGGGUGUCAAGGCGCGUAGAAUCUUGCAAGGUUAGAGGAGUUAAGCCCAGGAAUUGUCAAGUUUGUUUACGAAAUGAUGCACAAAGGAAAGAGCAAAAGUGGCGCCAACCUUACAGUACAGCAGCGUUGAGUCGAGUUCACCAGCCAUGGCCGCAUCCACGAGGGGUGCCGGGUCGGCGGUUGGUGGCCGCCGAGUGACAGAAGCGUCCUUUACGUGGCCAUCGUGGCCGUGGUCCUCGUCACGGACGGUUACCGAGAGUAGUAGUGGUGGUGUUGGUAGUGGUAGCAGUAGUACGAGGGAUAGUGGCUCAACGACGACCUCCAGCUGGACGUCCGCGGCCACUUCGACGGGGAGUGUCACCGGCGGUGAUCGGGACGCCCUGCUGGACGAUGAUUACGACAACACGUCGUUUCUGGACGACCUGCUGAGAAAUGACAACGGCAGCAGUAGUAGUAGUGGCAGUGACCUCUUCACUGGACUGCUGUCAAACUUCAGCGGGACGACGGCGAGCUCCGCUGCGAACUACACGACCGAGUUCAGCGUCAAUGUCAACGUGUCGAGCAGUGUUGCCAGCGUCGCAGCGGAGCGUAGUUCCCGGCUGUCGCUGGGCGCACUGCCAGAUCUGCUCGAGGAGGACGAGCUGAUGGCGCUGUGGAACUGUACGAACUGCUUUUUGCUCAAUUAUGGGAGUUCUGGGGGGAUCGGAGCCGGUAACGGAAGUAACGGGUUGCUCAAUGUGACCCGGAAUGGGACCGGUGGUUGGGAUAGGGACGACUGGAUGUUUUUGAGGCCGAACGGAAGCUUGAGUGGGAGUGAUUUUGGGAGUGAGAAUGGAAGCGGCGGAGGAAUGGUGUUUGACGGCGAGGAUAUGGAGACUACCAUCUACCUGAUACGGGUGAUUGUGACGGCGGUCGUGCUCGGGAUCGUGAUACUGGCGACGGUGAUAGGAAACGUCUUCGUGAUUGCGGCGAUUCUGCUGGAACGGAACCUGCAAAGCGUCGCGAACCAUCUGAUAUUAUCGCUGGCGGUGGCGGACCUGCUGGUGGCCUGCCUCGUGAUGCCGCUGGGGGCCGUGUACGAGGUGUCCAAGGAGUGGCGGCUCGGAGCGGACCUGUGCGACAUGUGGACCUCGAGCGACGUGCUGUGCUGUACGGCGUCGAUUCUGCACCUGGUGGCGAUCGCGCUCGAUAGGUACUGGGCCGUCACGGACAUCGACUACGCCCACCAGCGAACGGCCCGCCGCAUCGGCUACAUGAUCAUCGUGAUCUGGACGCUGUCCGUGCUGGUGUCGAUCGCGCCGCUGCUCGGCUGGAAGGACCCGGAGUGGGAGGCCCGCGUCUACCAGGACCUGCAGUGCAUCGUGUCGCAGGACAUCGGCUACCAGAUCUUCGCGACGGCGUCCAGCUUUUACGUGCCGCUGCUGGUGAUACUGUUCCUCUACUGGCGGAUAUUUCUGGCCGCUCGGAAAAGAAUCCGCCGGAGACAGCAGGGUAAAACAAUUGUGCAAUUGAUACCAAAAACUUUAGCUGCUCAGACCCAUCCUGAACCCUUGGCAAAAGCUUCAUGUAUGGCACUAACAUCGAUUGGUUUCCGCUGGAAGGUAACGGCCUCGCAGCCCAACAACGCGAUCGGCGGCCCGACGGCGAACGUGGUCGGCGGUUCCGGCGGCAUCGCGGCGGCCGUCGUGGCCGUGAUCGGGCGGCCGCUGCCGACGAUCAGCGAAACGACGACGGCCUUCACGAACGUGUCGUCGGCGAACACGAGCCCGGAGAAGGGUUCGCUCGGGAACGGGCUGGAGCGGGACCGGAUCGACGUGGACCCACCGACGGCGGACCUCUCGGUGGCGUACCCAUCGGGCGGGGGUUGCGGUCCGGGGCCGUCCUCUUCGAAGCCAUCGAUCGCCAAGAAGAAGAACCAAUCGGCGACGGACUCGAAGCGGGAACGGAAGGCGGCCAAAACGUUGGCCAUCAUAACGGGCGCGUUCGUGUGCUGCUGGUUGCCGUUCUUCAUCAUCGCGAUCCUGCUGCCGACCUGCACCGCCUGUGACAUCUCGCCGAUCGCGAUGAGCGUGUGCCUGUGGCUGGGCUACUUCAACUCGACGCUCAACCCGAUCAUCUACACCAUCUUCUCGCCCGAGUUCCGGCACGCGUUCAAGCGGAUCCUGUGCGGCCGGAAGCACAGCCUGCGGCGGGCCCGCAACGUGCGCCACCUCAGGUAAGACGAGGCCACCCAGCUGGAUGGCGGCGGAAGGGGCGAGCGCACGUCCGACGUGGAGCGGUCCGCCACCACCGGCUAUCGGUGAAGUGUAAAUAGGAAAAAGAAGAAGAACACGUUAGUAGCUGUAGCUAUCCAAAUGUACACGAGAACCUAAAACUGCUGGUUGAGAGGAACUUGGCAGUUGCGGAAUGAUUAUUGACGACUUACUAGGGGAAAUUCUCGUAUGUUUGGCAAGUUAAACACCUCAUCCAUUGUGCUGAUUUUUACCUUUUACCAACUCUUUUCGAAAACUGUUGAUUUCUUGUUUGUUCACUUCCGAUUGAGCUAUUUAUCGCUCGUUUCCAGUUGAAAACGAUGUUUAUGAGCUGUAAUUAAACGUCAAUGUGCUGAUAUGACAACAUUAGAGGUACGAUGGAGUUAGGUGCAAACUUUUUAAAAUGUUGGUCUAUUUUAUGUGGAGUGCCACAUUGUUUUCUUUUGACUGCUCACUAUGCAACUUAAACAUUAUCAAUUCAAUAUCCAGAAAUAUGAAAAUAGGACAAUGGACAAUUUUCCACUUGAUCAGAAACCACUCACUCAUCGCCGAUUAAAUCGUUGCCAAUUGAAGCGCGCCACCAUACGUGAGCGACUACGACUCGCUUGCAGUCAGCGACUUGUCCAAUCACAUCACACAACGAUGCAAAUAAUUCGUGAAUUUCAUUGCCUACUCCCUUCGUCGACGACAGUCACAAACAAAUGUGCUCAGAGCAGGCAAACAGCGCCGAUCGCAAACUAUUUUUCAUCAGUUCGGAGCGACAUAGCGCAACUCAGAGAGGCCUAAGUCAUUCACUGUAUAUACCGAUUCGAGUGAGAGGGAGAGCAGAAAAAAAUGUUUUAAUCGGUAGCGAUUGGUGUAGUAGUGACAAACGAUAGGAUCUCUCAUUAGACCAAUUUUGCAUCACGUCCAAUUUGUGCUCGCUAGUGAUUGCGUCGAUUUUAAACAAAUGCUUUGAACAAAUGUUUGUUUCAGCACUUAUUUUGUUAAGUGCUUAUGCUUAAGUAUUUUGUUUUAAAUUUGAUUCACCAAAAUAGUAAAUGGUAAACGUUUUGAUCAAAUCUGAACAAAUUUGCGAAAUUGACAAAUCAAAUUUCCUUAAAUCUGACAAAAGUGGAAAUAUCUUCUGACAUGUUUAAAUUUUAAAAUUCCAAAAGAACCAGAUUUAGGGGUGAUUUUCAAUUUGCAUCAUCACCUUUUGCUUCAUGUUUUUGCACGUUUUUUUAUAGAACUCACCUCAAAUUUAAUAAAAUACUUGUGGCUUGUGGGAUCCUAUGUUCAAAUUGGACCUGCACCCAGAACUGCACCCAAAAUUCAGAGUCGAGAUAAUUGUUCUCUCAAAAUUUAUUGAGGGCUCAGUGCCAAAAUCGAUAGAAUAAUGGUACCGACUCACACCAUCAUAACAAAUGAGUUCAUUCGUUA